AUGACUGGAAAGGGAGGUUUUGGUAAAGUAUACAAGGGAAUGUUAGGUGGUCAAGAAGUUGCAAUCAAGAGGAUAAGUAGAGAUUCUCGACAAGGAACAAAAGAAUUUAGGAAUGAAGUAAUUCUAAUUGCCAAGUUGCAACAUAGAAACUUGGUUCGACUUCUUGGAUGUUGCAGUGAGGGAGAUGAAAAACUCUUGAUAUACGAGUAUCUACCAAAUAAGAGCUUAGAUGCUACCCUUUUUGAUGAGUCAAGAAAAAUGAUGUUGGACUGGCCGACAAGAUUCCGUAUAAUCAAAGGGAUUGCAAGGGGACUUCUAUAUCUUCAUGAAGACUCGAGGUCCACCGUAAUUCAUAGAGAUCUCAAAGCUGGAAAUGUUUUGCUCGAUGCAAAUUUGAAACCCAAGAUAGCUGAUUUUGGUAUGGUGAGGAUCUUUGGUGAUAACGAGGAAAAUGCAAAUACCCAACGCAUUGUUGGAACAUAUGGCUACAUGGCUCCUGAGUAUGCAAUGGAAGGAGUCUUCUCUACCAAGUCUGACGUGUACAGUUUCGGCAUGUUACUACUAGAGGUUAUAACUGGUAUAAGGAGAAACUCCAUUAGUCAAACCAUGGGAUUCCCUAGCCUGACAGUUUACAUGAUCAUGGAAUAUGUGGAAGGAAGAAAAGACUGA